AUGGCAAUCAUCCAUCUCAUCCCCGUGCAGAUGCAUGAGGUCGCGCCAAACUGGCGAAUAGGCGCCAGAUCCCACCACCAGAGGGCCACAGAUGGAGCUCAUGUCCCCCCAACGACAUUGGCCCCGGUCUGCUCAUUCCCAGCUCAAGCCGGACCUCGACCGCCAUCGACCGCCCUCGACCUCGCCCUUCGCAAGGCCAAGCUUCGCAGUCGGAAAUCAAGAGCAGCGCCUGGACUUUCGCCAAUCUCAGGGGCACCGGCGCCGAUCCGGGGUCGCCAGUCCCGGCAGGGCAAGGAGCGGCGGCCUCAGCUGUCGACCGCGCAAUCGACUGGAAGCGAGUCGGUGCACUGGCUGGCCUCCGGCCGGUGCAGCGUUCCCUCGAGCGCCGGUCCUCAUAAACAAUCCGCCCCCUAUUUUGGUUGA